AUGUCGUCUCCGUCACCAAUUACAGAUACCAACAAAGACUACUACUCAAUACUCAACAUCCCCUCGACCGAUUCCUCUUCGGGGAAAUUACCCAUAAUAUCCAGACAGCAGCUCAAAAACGCAUACCACAAAGCCCUCUUGAAGCAUCAUCCCGACAAAUCUUCGCCCUCACCUUCUCCCGCUCCUGCUUCCAGAGAACAAAGUAAUACAUACACAGUCGACGAUAUCACAAAUGCAUACAAAGUCCUCUUCGACCCAGUAUUAAGAGCCGAAUAUGACCGCCGCUUAAUCCUUCAACGGAAAAAAGUGGUAGAAAAGUCUGAAGACGUCUCAUUUCACACAGGUCUUGAAAUCGUGGAUCUUGAGGAUUUGAUCGAACAAGAUGAUGAAGCUACAGGCUCGUCGAGUUGGUAUCGUGGUUGUCGAUGCGGAGAUAAGAAAGGUUUCAUUGUCACAGAAGACGAGCUAGAAGCUGAGGCGCAACAUGGGGAAAUUCUGGUAGGGUGUCGGGGGUGUAGUUUGUGGAUUAAGGUUUUGUUUGCUGUGGAGGAUGAUGUUGAAGAUCAGCAUGAAGAGGGUAGCCUGCCUUCUUGA